GAGCCGGCUUCAUAGUAAGUCUGAAAAAAUGGCGGCCGCUAGCAGGACGUGGUUCCGACUCUCUCCACAAUUCCUCCGAAGUUUUCGUCGUUCUGACGGGAAACUUUUCCACACUGGGAGAAGAAGACUGCAGACCAAGCCCAGCAAUGGAGCUGCUAGUGCCUAUCACAUGGCAAACACUGAGGCUCUGCCAGAGUACAAACACCAGGCCAAGAUAAUUGAUGGCGUUGCCAUGGCGAAGGAGAUCCGUGAGGAGGUGAGGGCGGAGGUUGACCAGUGGGUGGCCCAGGGACACCGCCCGCCACACCUCAGCGUGGUCCUGGUGGGAGACAACCCUGCCAGCGCGUCGUACGUAAAGGCCAAGACAAAAGCAGCCAAAGGAGCUGGCAUCACCAGUGAAACUAUCCUCAAGCCCAGCUCUAUAUCACAAGAGGAGCUGUUGGACCUGGUGGAGAAGCUGAACAAAGAUGACAGGGUGGACGGCCUCCUGGUCCAGUUACCCGUCCCUGACCACAUGACCGAGAGAACCGUCUGCAAUGCGGUGGCACCUGAGAAGGAUGUGGAUGGGUUUAAUGUGGUGAACGUGGGGAGAUUUUGUCUGGAUGAGCCGGCCUUCCUCCCAGCUACACCGUACGGAGUGAUGGAGAUGAUCAGGAGAUCAGGCAUUGAAACCUUUGGGAAGAAUGCUGUUGUGUGUGGGAGGUCGAAAAACGUGGGGAUGCCCUUGGCCAUGCUACUACACACUGACAAGGAGCACCAUGAGAUCUGUGCUGAUGCCACCACCACGAUCUGCCACCGGUACACCCCCGGGGACCAGCUGGAGGUGUUCACUAAGACGGCAGACAUCAUCAUCGUGGCGGUGGGACAGCCUAACCUCAUCACUGCAGACAUGGUGAAGGAAGGUGUGGUGGUGAUAGACGUGGGCAUCAACAGGGUCGUGGACCCCGUCACCGGCAAGAUGAAACUGGUCGGGGAUGUGGAUUUUGAAGGUGUUUCCCAAAAGGCGAGCUACAUCACCCCCGUCCCGGGGGGUGUUGGUCCCAUGACGGUGGCCAUGCUGCUGAAGAACACCAUGCAGGCUGCUAAGGGCCAGUACAGCUGGGACUGACAACAGCACACAAAAGAGUAUCCAGGAAGGCUAGUUACAUCACCCCUGUGCCGGGUGGGGUGGGGCCCAUGACGGUCGCCAUGUUGAUGAAGAACACCCUGGCGGCUGCCAAGAAAGACGGCACCUACGGCUUGUCCAUGUCUCCAAAGGAACCUUUAAGUCAGGAAGUCUCAUAAACCAUAUAGUACUUACUCUCACUGGUCACUUUGAAUUCAGAAAGAUGCUGGUUGUUAAACCUGGUUGUUGCUGCAUUGCAGCUAAUGGAAAGACCAUACUUCUCUCUUUAUCAUGGUAUCCUUAUUUCUGUCAGACUUCAGAGUUAUAAUGAUACCUGACUCAAAAGCUCUAGUACUUAAGAUUUCCUUUCUAGAUUCAAAGUGGCUAG